CAUCAAACAAGCCAGCUUUGCGAUUGCAGUGACGCCAGUGACCAGACAAUUGCAGACUGGUUGCAGGCUUUUACUUGUAUAUCAGGAAGUGGAUGUACGAUGUCUGAACACGAUGAUACUUUAUUGGAUGAAGAUCUCGGAGAUGAAGAGUAUGAUCUAGGGAAUGACGAAGAAGAGGCUCUUUUAGCAGAUGACUAUGAACUGGAGAGGCAGAAUAGCUAUAAGGGAGAAGAGGAGACAGAUGAUGUACUGGACUUAGGAGUUACCGACGCUCUCGACGACUUAGACGCUGAAGAUGAAAACAUUGAAUUUAGUAGGAGCAAAACGAAUAGAAGCAAUGAGAAUGAUUAUUACGAGGACGGGGAUCACCUAGAGGAUCGGUCGAAAUAUUACGAGCAGGAUGAGAUUAACGAGUAUAAGAGCGAGCUUCAGCGACAGCACGAUGAGCGUUCUACAUCCGAUAGUGUUAAUAAUGCGAGUAAUAUCGAAAAGGGCGAUCUGCGGGAGAAACUGCAGAAAAAUGCGAAAAUAUAUUCGGGUAACGGGCAAGGAAUGGAAGACGAUGAAUGCGAAGAGGCCAAGGAAAGGAGGAACAGGUUUCAAAACGAGAGAAUCAUUGUCUCUUCGAAAAUGAACAGCCACAUACCGGAUACUCUGGAGAGCGUGGUGACACCUGAACCAUCCAAGCUGAUGUCGUCCAGGGGCCGUGGAAGAGGUCGAAGCGCAAGAGGAAGCCGGGGAGGAAGAUUCAAUAUGCAAAACUCUGGGAAUUUCAACCCAAGGUUCGGUAAUACUCGGAACUUCGAUAAUCAACCACCGCCGGCUUGUAGGCCACCUUUGCUUGAGACGAGGCCACCUUUUCUUCUACCAAACAACAUACAGAGCCAACAAAUAAUUUAUCAGCAAUCAAAUUCUCAAGUACAGCCUUUCCAGCAUUACUCUCCGAACGGUUCGCUCCAAGGUCCACCGCAUUUUGUAGAUAAUAGACCUCAGUUCAAUCCGAAUCAGUUCCAAGGUCAACCGGGUCCUCGAAUAGUCGGGCCGCGGUUAGAUUACGGACCUCGUGGUGGCUUACCCGGACCGGCGUACAACCACGCGCCGAGUCAGCCGUCAUACGUCCAAAUUCAACAGCAACCGGCCGCGGCUACGGCCCCGUUUCAAAACUCGACCAUGCUCAUGCAAGAUAAUCAAGUUCCUCGAUUGAUGCAAAACAGUCAAGGUCCGUUGAUACAAGGGAAUCCCGGGGGAUCGUUUAUCGGGAAUCCGAAUUCGGUGGUACCUGGCGGUGCAUCGGCACCGGUGCUACCAGGGAAUCAACCGUUGCCGAUGCAACCGUUCUCGCGACAAGCUUCGUCCCAAGGACCGCUGAUCAAUCAUCCUAACGUAAAUCAAAUACCGAAUCAGCCACCGUUCGAGAACAGGCCAACUUUUCAAGAAACGAGUCAAUUCGAAAGUCGAACCGUUUACGACUCGAGGUCCGGCUACCCCGACCAAGUACCUACCAGCCAAUUUAAUACUAAUUCGUUACCUGUUCCGCAACAAUCCGCUUCCAAUGUACCCAAUGUACCUUUACCUCCAGGGCACAAGAUAUUAAUCAAUCCUCACUUUCGAGGAGCCGUUCAAUCGUCAAACGAUGCAAGACUCGCAUGGGAUUCCCCUCAACAAGCGCCCAAUCCCCCUUCGCAAGGUCCUGCCGGUCAAUUUUCCCAACCCGUUACCCCGUACCAGAAUCAAACUUCGUAUAAUCAAACUCAACAAGGACCGUCGCAUUAUCAGCAAAAUUAUCAACCAAACAAAACCGAUGAUCCUUACGCAUACUUUUCCGACGUAUGGCAAGAGAAUAAGCCUCAGAAGAGCCAUUGCGGAACUAUGAGUAAACAGUAUCCUGUAGAAAGUAGUUACGCGCGAGAUAGUAAUUACGAGUCCAGUUCGAAAUAUAAAUCGGAUCAAUGGGAUCAUAAAAGUAAUUAUUCACAGGAUCACAGAGGCGCCUAUCAAAACUAUCGCGACAGAGAUUUGUCGUCAAAAACUAGGAACGAACACCCUCCGAAGAGCAGGACUCCUUCAACCACCACGUAUCGUGAUAGUUACGAUCAAAACCAUGUUCCAAAGUCCGGUAACAGAUCGGCGAACAUUUCGAGAUCUAAGUUACCACAGAAAAGAGUCGUCGAGUCUGCGGAUAGACCGUUAAGAGAUUUGAGUCCAAAGCGACUAAAGCCCGCGACUAGAAACCUGCAAGAAGUACGAACAGUCGAUACUUUAAGUAGUACGAGUGAUGAGAAGAAGGAUGAAGAAAUGCCGGAAGAUCCAGAAAUGCAGGAGUAUAAAAAGAAGAUGGAGGAGCAAAAGAGGCUCAGAGAAAAAAUUUUGCGUGAGAAGGAAAAUCGAAGAAAAAUGGCUGCGAUGGAGAAGCAGAACGAAGAAACUAAGAACGAGGGCAUUUCGUUAAGUGAAAAUAUACAGGACGCCAAACCCGUAUCGGUACUUAUGGGAGUAGUGAAAGAUGUUUCCGCGAACAAAGCACAAGCUGCUGUUGGAAGAGGACGCGGUCGUCCUAUCAGUGCGCAAUGUACAGAGGAGAAACAAUCGUGUGUUCGAAUUGUUAGGACGAUACAAACUAGUGUCCCUGAUUCUCUACAGGAGAGCAAUUCUGGACACGCAACCGGUCAGAUGAAUUGCCAGUCUGGAGCACGAAGAGUCGUGAUCCAAAAACCACUGUCGAACACACAGAAAGUUGUGAAGGCUCAACUACUGACACAGAAAACUGGUCAACCCGACGCAGUGAGGAAAGUGGUGCACACCGGGCAAAAGAUGAACACUGGCUCACAGAGAAUCGUAAUAGCGAAAUCAGCUAGCAAUCUCCAGAAAACUGUAAUUAACGUGCAAGAGAUAUCGAGCACCAGUGGACAGAAGAUCGUCUCUAAUCCGCAGAGGGUUGUACUGCAAAAAGCACCGACACAGCAGAAGAAAGUACCGGAAAUAAAAACGAACACGGUGAGAGUGGAGAAUUUAGCAGCCAGCACGUCCGAGGCUCAGAUUAGACGCAUGUGUCAAGGCAUCGGUACAAUCGAGAGCAUACAAAUGGGUGAACGUAGCGCGACAAUCGUGUUUAAAACGCAGUCUGCUGCUAUGGUAUUUCACAAAAAGUAUCAGCGUAAAAUGAUAGAUCUAUCACUGAUAACCGUUCGCCUUGUACCGCCAACCGGUGGGACUAAGACUACGGCUGCAAAGGUUUCUUAAAGGAUAUAUAGAAUACGAUCUACGUACCAUAUUUCGAUGAAGGAAAGAACGAUCGGAAAUAUAGAUAUAAUUACAUAUAAGAGUAAUCGUAUUAAAAUCGUAUUAAAGUAGACUGUGUAUGAGUUGAGCACGUACUUCAUAUUUUACAUAAUUUUUGUUCGAAAUCCUUUAGAGACUAAACAGAGGAAAGUGAAGUAUUUUUGGCUGCGAAUGAAUUGUAUAAUACGCACCUUCGUAAAGGAAGGUAGAAAUCAAUUUAACUUGUACAUACAAUAUGUUGAAUGCAAUGUAAGUUUCAUAUAAAAAUAUACACAAUAGAUUUACUAUGCCUA